UCGUAGUGCUCUGCGGUUGAAAUUGAAAGAGUUUGUAGUGCUGGUUGUUAUAUACCUCCAUGGUCUGAUAUCUGGUAUAUUUUGACGUGGUCAAAUUGUGUUCUGACAACUGGUCAUGUGCCGGGUGUGUGGAUAAUCUGAAUGAGAACGUAGGUGGCAAAAGCUGGCAUCGUUUCAACUAGGAGUUAAAGAUUUCCCGAUAUCAAAGUAGUUCUGAAUCGAAAAAUGAAGAAACGAACGUCUCCUCCCUUGUCGGAAAAUUCUUUCCAAACCAGCCGGGACACGAUGUCCGACAAUGAGUUCCGGUACAUCAACGAACGACCGGUUGACGAUAUAUCGCUGGACUUUUUCUACAAGCCGCACACGAUCAGCCUGCUAGCCGGAUCAAUUUUCGCUGUGAUGUAUUUUGCAUUUAUUCGUGAUCAAACGGACCUGCAGAAGAACAUUUGGGCCGGAAUGGUUUCCGUGAUAUUCUUCUUUCUAAUUAUCUCGGUACUAGCCUUUCCCAAUGGACCGUUUACGCGCCCUCAUCCGGUUGUCUGGCGUAUGCUGUUCGGUUUAUCAGUGAUGUAUCUAUUAUUUCUACUGUUUCUGAUGUUUCAAGAUUACAAGUCUAUUAUGGGUAUAUUGUACUGGUUUGAUCCCACGCUUCGUGCCUUUCAUAUAGACAUGGAUAAAGAGUAUGGCGCCAACUGUUCAGAUGUUUCCUUCGAACGCGUUUUGUCCCAUCUGGAUGUGUUUGCUUGGGGCCACUUUCUAGGUUGGGCAUUCAAGGCGGUACUCAUUCGGCACAUGGGCAUUUUAUGGGCAAUCUCUGUAAUGUGGGAAAUUACCGAGAUAACUUUCGCUCAUCUUCUUCCGAACUUUGCCGAGUGCUGGUGGGAUGCACUUAUUCUGGAUGUGCUUGUCUGCAACGGACUAGGCAUAUGGUGUGGACUGAAAAUUUGCAAACUACUCGAAAUGAGAGAGUAUAAAUGGGCAAGCAUACGGGAUAUUUCUUCUACAAAAGGUAAACUGAAGAGAGCUGUGCUACAGUUUACACCGGAAAGUUGGGCUCCUGUGCGGUGGCUUGAUCCCAAGUGCACAUAUAUGCGCUUUUUUGCCGUCAGUCAAUUAGUGCUACUGUGGCAGCUGACUGAACUGAAUACCUUCUUCUUGAAACACAUUUUUGAAAUGCCUCCAUCGCAUCCGGUCGUUAUCGGGCGGUUAGUAUUUGUCGGUUUAUUUACAGCGCCUUCUGUCCGCCAGUACUACAUUUACGUGACUGACCCCCGGUGCAAGCGAUUGGGAACGCAAUGUUGGGUCCACAUUGCCAUUUUGGUAUCGGAAGCCAUUUUAUGCAUAAAGAAUGGCACGGAGCUAUUCGAACGCACUCAGGUCAAGAAUAUUGUGUUUUGGCUCUUCAUACAAGCGGGCAUCUCAGUGCUAUUCGUUUACGGCUGCAUGCUCUGGUACAAAUACGUUGGCGAUGAUGAAUCUCAAAACUCCUCACCGAUAAAGCAACGCACUGGCGAGUUCAAAGAUUCAGCAGUCACAUCAGGCGACUCGAAAGGAAAACCAUCAGCAAAAAGUUCACCUAAAUCGACUCCUACCAAAAAUGCUAGAUCUCACCAAAAUAAUAUUAAACAGGAUUAGUUUAUUUUACCGCUUCUAAACCAGAUGGUAGAACAUAAUUGUGAAAUAGUAGUUUAGAUAAGGGCAAUAGGUUGUGAAGGUUGACCCGAGUAAUGUCAGGGAUGGACUACUUCCCAAUUUUUGAUUUUACUCGAUUAGAGUUCAGCUUCUUACAGGUCUAUUUAGACAAUGCUUAGCAGGCAUAGAAAAACGAUACUGGAGUAUGUUCCUUCGUCGAUUUGCCUACUUUUAUUUUUAUAAGGAAACUAAUAUUACGGAAGUCUAAAGAAAAUCAACAUAGGUAUCUUAACUAAAUUUCAGUUAUUCUAGAAUUGGAAAAAAUGCAUGUCACAGUUUUACGCAAAGCAUCGUAAAAUUUCAGUUAGUUACUAUCAGACUACAGACAAACUGGCGUAACACACUGUGUUCCAUGCUUCGCAUGGUGUAACAGUUACUAAUAAUUUGGUUUUAGUGGGAAUAUCUCCGUACUUGCUAUUAUAGUGACGCAAAGGAAAAACUAUUUCCAAAAUGCCUGCUUGUCCGAGGGAUAUUUCCGUUUGCAAGGUAAUAUUUGCAAAUGUCGAUCAUAAAUGGUGCUAGGGUUCACGCAAAAUAUGCGUGACGUUAUCUUCUGUAGGGUCCUCUUUAAGGAGUUAUGUCUGUUUGUCUGUGACUUCUACUUAGUGUAAAAAAAGCUCGCGUUGAAAUUACAAUAAGGGUGUUAUUCGCGUCUUUUUUAUUUGUAAGAACAUUCUAAAAUCACCUCUAUCAUGAAAAGACAGAUCUUGAACAUGUUAAAAAAAACUAAUGAAUGUUUGAAUACAUAAUAAAAUUCGCACGCGAAGACGAAGAAGUUGUAUGCUUAGAUCUAAACAGAGGGUGACAAGCCUGUUAAAUGACAUACCGCUUUGCGAUUUAUGAUGGUACCUUUUGGUACCAUCGAUUGCUAGUUUACCAUACCAGUCACUUCCCUGGAUCAAUUGUACAAAUAAUAGUAUCUGCGCUGUAAAUCGUGCUACCAGUUGCUGCAGUAACUUUCAAUCGUUAAAUAUUCUUCUAUUCGUUUUAGUCGCAAAUAGAAUGAUAACGAUGUUAACUGCAUGCAUGGGUGAAUGGCGACGCAUGUUUGCUCAAAGUUUUAUUUUCAUCACAAAUUUAGUGAUAAGUUACCGAUUUCUCUUUUAUUUAAUUUCACCUUUGAUGAAAGUUUAAAGCUAUACGACUAAUGUUAAAUUAUAAUAUUCCAAUACUCAGUUCACAAUUACGUAACUAAUAAUAAGCAUAAUUCAAUCAUCCAACAAUAUUAUUCAGUCAGUCUACCACUAAACUCACGUUUAGCUCAUGGAUUAUAAACUUAAGCAUGCGUAGAACGAUCACCAGAGAAACAAAAUAUCAAAAAAAAAAAAAAAGGUUUGGGAUAAACGGUUUCGUGUUUCGAAAAACACGCAUUCGAAUAGUCCGCUUCGUGACAUAUCAUCUUGUGUAGUUUGCCUAGUGUAGACAAUAAUGAUUAAUCUAUCAUGUUUUGAUUAGUUCUGUAUAGUUAGGAUGCUGUUGUUAGUUCUAUCGGAGCCAAUUAAAAUAAUUUCUAAAAUUUAAAUUUGAAAACCGUGCUGAUAGACGACCUAGACUUGAUUAACGAGUGCCGCUUGCUGUUAAUAAUUUUGAAUGUAAUUUGGAUGGUUUAGUUUAAAGGUUCGGUUACUGAUAUCGGUGCAACAAAUUCACUCAUGAUAUUAUAGGAUUACAGACACAGCGCUAUCGUUCUUUUAGGACCAGGUACAGUUCGCUUCAAAGGAAGUCUCUAGUCAGUAAGAUUGGAAUAAAAGAAAAAUAAUUUAAAAAGGAUUAAGAAAUAA